UAUUUCUGCUUAACAGGUGGUUCCUGGUGGUGUGGUUGCAAUCAUGUUGUAAGGAUUAUUCCCACUUCGCUCACAAGACGUCAUCUGUUGUCUUGCCCAUCCCGUGAAUGUGUCUAAGCAGCACCCACAGUGAAUGGCAGCACCAAGCACUGUGGCAGUCUAUGCAAGAUGGUACUCAUGUACUGUGAGCGGCUUUUUUCUUUGCUAACUGUCCUUUUCAACGGCAGUGUUCUUCCACCACCGCCGCCGCGUUAUACCAUCCCAGUUGCUUAUGCAGCUGGGGCUUCAAAUGGUAUGCCAGUGCCGGUUGUCGAGACAAACAAUGUCAUUAGCCAUCCUGAGGAUGGAUGUCCGUUGCAAGUGGGUGAAGGAACAUACCACCUCAGAGAUGACCUACACCUAGCGACUCCUCCUCCACACCCGUCUGAGGCGCCUGUCUUGAAUCCAAAUCCUCUUGCGACUGGUCCAACACCGCCAACGUCGGGGGUCAAGCUGUCUUUGAUCAAUGUCAAUAGUGCCAACAAAAAACACCCAUUUGCUUCAAAAGAGAACAUCAUGGCCCCAGUCUUUGGAGAAGGAAACCCCGCGCUUGUCCUCCCGGUCACCAAAGAUUCCCUGAAGAGGCGGAAACCGAAGAACAACAUCAUCAAAAGUAGCUCUUCUUUUGUUUCGCGUGUCAUCACUCACGAGUCUAUUACGAAGAAACUGAACGAUCGAAACUCGGAUGGCCUUUUUGCCUUUGCGAACAUCAAUCGUGCGUUUCAAUGGCUAGAUCUCAGUUCCGAAAAGAAAGAAGAAUCCCUCGCCAAGAUCCUCUUCACCAAGGCGCAUAUGCUGUGCCACGACGUUAACGAGAUGAGCAAGAGCCCGAGUCACGUUGAUAUCGUUAUGGGUUCGUCAGCUGGCGAUAUCAUCUGGUACGAACCCAUUUCGCAACGUUACGCACGCAUCAACAAAAAUGGCUGCAUCAACAACUCCCCAGUCACCUACAUCAAAUGGAUACCCGGGUCGGAAAAUUUGUUUAUGGCUGCGCAUUCAAACGGACAGCUGGUGGUCUACGAUAAAGAGAAGGAAGAUGCACCUCUCACUUCGGAGCCUGGUAGUCUCGCAGAGGAAUUCGUGAAAUCAACCGGUCGACAGCCUAUGCAAAUACUCAAGUCGGUCACCUCGAGGAACCAAAAGACCAAUCCCGUCUCUUUAUGGAGAUUAGCUGGUCAUAAGAUUUGUCAGUUUGCAUUCUCACCUGACCGUCGACACCUGGCUGUUGUUCUUGAAGAUGGUUCAUUGCGAAUCAUGGAUUACUUGAAGGAAGAAGUCCUGGAUAUUUUCCGUAGUUAUUACGGUGGCUUGAUCUGUGUAUGCUGGUCGCCUGACGGCAAAUACGUCGUGACCGGUGGUCAGGACGAUUUGGUCACAAUCUGGUCAUUCCCGGAGCGCAAGAUCAUCGCAAGAUGCCAGGGCCACAAUUCCUGGGUGUCCGCGGUAGCAUUCGAUCCCUGGCGAUGUGAUGAAAGAACAUAUCGAUUCGGAAGUGUCGGUGACGACUGCAGGCUUCUCCUGUGGGAUUUCAACGUUGGCAUGCUUCACCGUCCCAAAGCGCACCAAGCCAAUCCUCGCCAGCGGACGAGUAUGGUCGCUCCCAGUGUGCACCAUGUCCGUCAUCGUGCAGAUAGCACAGGGAACCGUGUGAGAUCCGAUUCUCAGCUUACAACAGACACUCAUGGUAGCAUGGACCAAACCGUCCGACAUCAAGUCGAACCUAGAUCACGCACUGGUCUAUUGCCACCGAUCAUGUCUAAAAUCGUUGGAUCUGACCCUAUCUGCUGGCUAGGCUUCCAAGAAGACUGCAUCAUGGCCUCCUCUCUCGAAGGCCACAUUCGCACCUGGGACCGACCCCGAGAAAACGUCAACGAGAACCACCACGGCUACUCUUCUUCCCCAGCUAUAAGCGCUACCGCUACCGGGUCAGGAUCUGGACCUGCUGAAUCCGGUAACUGGAUUUGAACCCCAAAAUAGGUCGGUCACCCCAAAUUUUGAAUUGUAAAUACGCUUGCAUAUACUAUAUGUACAUCUGGAUUAUAUACCCCUUUCAAUGAAUUUGCGAUUGUAUUGUGCUCUGCGGAAGACAUUAGAUGGCCAAGUCUACAAUCUCACAUCAAAAUCAACUCUUCUG